GGGGUCAGGAGGACUUAUAUGAGAGGGGAGUGACUCGUUAUCCAUCUUUGGAGGCCGGGCCUCACAGACAGCGAAAAGAGAGUAAAGGGAUAGAGAAGGUGUGUUGUUUGAAAGUGUGAGAAGCGGCAAGAGGAGUGUUCGUCCAAACGUAAGGAGAGAGCGGACCCCUCUUGAGAGUUUGACACCCCUUCCUCCGGCAUGGCGGUCAUCACAUCUGCCCAAUGGCAGGCCAUGCUGGACGCAGCAAACAAGAGCCAGAAACCGUUCUUUCAAAAGUUGUAUGACGAAGCCGUACAGAAGGAAAAGGAGGCCGAGGCAGCGGCUAGAGCUACAAACAUAGCUGCUCAGGAGGCCCUCCUACAGGUCCCGGAGGCCGAUGCUGACCGGUUCCAGGAGAGGCUAGCUGCUGCCGUCGCAGCCUUGGUUCGACUGCGGAGCUUGGAAGAUCUCGAGGCCCGCGUAACAGCGCUGGAGCAGCUGAACCAAAAGCUGCAGGCUGAGAUAACCAGCCUAAAACAGUCCCAAUUGUCUGUCCCCCGCCCUCCUAACCCUCGGUCUGCUGUAGUCCCGGUCUCUCAAUCAAACACAACCCUCAUAGUAAGAUCAAGUGGAACCAUGGCAAGCGCAGGAACCGGCGCCAGCUCGUCGAGCGGCAGCGCCGGCAGUUCUGCGCUGGUCAUGGUCCCGAGUGCAGGGACUUCAACCCAAAACGCAACAGUCCUUACUGGCGUUCAGUACAACGGUCCCAUGGUGGACAAGCGGGCGGCCACGCUGCCGUCCAAGUACGACAGGAAGGCAGACAUCACCUCUUGGAUUAAUUCCAUGCGGUCGUAUUUCGAGGUCAUGCGGACACCGAAAGAGGACCGAAGUAUGAUCAUGGGGACUAAUACAGAGCCUGCCGUACGAAACCACAUUGAGCUCCAAGCUGUCGCUGCAGGCUAUGAACGCAUAGACCUGACUGAUUGGCUGAAGGUCACCCCUGUCCACGCUCUUGAGGAUCUUCUCCUUGACCGGUACCAAGAUAAACAUGCUGCGGUCAAGGCUAGACUGAAGCUUGAGGCCCUCAAGGGCCAAACUUGGAGGUCAGCCAUGCAGGCUUUGGAACAGCACUUGACUGGUCUGUUCACCACUCCGGAUCUGGGAAUGACUGACGUAUCUUGUAUGAAUGUAGUCAUGGGAGUGGCCCCUAAAGAAUACCUCUCCCUGCUAGCACUCAAGGACCAUGCCACCUGGCGAGAGCUCAUGAAGGACCUAGUCAACCUAGAGGCCAAGGACCUCGCCAGGCGCAAGAAGGCGCCCGCUGCAGGUGGGAAACCACAACGCAAGCGGUUUGGAAGCAGCAACCAGCUUGCACUGCACGAUCAUCGGGGGGCUGAAGAUCAGUCCUAUGCGGAUGAUCUGUCUCUAGAUGACGAUCUAGAGCCGGACUCCGAUACGGGCUAUCCCAACCUCACGUUCGUAGUCACUACGGAUACGAGCCAGUUUGGGAUUGGUGCAGUGCUGCAGGAAGAUGAUGGGGAUGGCAUGCGUCCGCUCGAGUAUUACAGCAAACGCAUGCCCAGCCACAAGGUAUGUCAGAGAACCAAAGUCCAUAGGCAUAAGCCUUAUGGCCUGCUGAGACCCCUCCCCAUUCCUAAUGGACCCGGUGAAUCGAUCUCCAUCGACUUCACGGACAUGGGAAAGGUGAGUGCGGCAGGGAAUUCACAAGUCAUGGUCAUCGUGGAUUGUUUCUCCAAAUUUCUGAUUUUGAUCCAUUUCCCUCCCCAUGCACCAACUGAACUUGUCAUUGAGGAAUUCCAUCAGCAGUACAUUUUGCAGUUUGGCGUCUCGAAAACUAUUGUGAGUGAUCGGGACACCAGAUUCAUCAGCAAAGAUUGGAAGGACUUCACGUCGCAGAUCUAUGACAUUAAACUGAACAAGACUUCUGGUCGACACCCCGAAGCCAAUGGAUUGGCUGAGGAGAUCAACCAGACUGUCAUCCAACUACUUCGCGCAUUGAUUGUUCCAAAUCAGAACACGUGGGACAAGGAGCUGCACAAGGUCAAGGGACUCUAUAACAAUUCCAUUCACUAUGCAACUGGCGUGACACCAAACCAGCUGCAGUAUGGAUGGCCGAUGCGCAAUCCCCUCUCCUAUCUGUUCCCCGAACGGUCACCUGGCCUGAUGCCCGGCAUGCCUGGCUACAAUGCCAAGUACGCAUGCUUGCUCAAAGUUGUUAUUGCAGCCAUGAACAAGCGCCAGCAUGCCAUGAUCAAACAUGCUAACAAGCUGCGCAAAGAAGAGAAAUUAUAAGUAGGGGAUUAUGUUUGGGUUAAAAUGUCUGAGUUUUCUGAUGAAGAGGGCAUAUCACGCAAACUCCUUCCAUUGUACUAUGGCCCCUGGGAGAUUCUGAACGUGAUUGGGGAUGAUUUUGGUCCUUCAUAUGUGAUUGACGUGCCUCCUCAUCUACGCACGUACCCGGUCUUUCAUGCGUCCAAACUGUUUCCACAUAUUGAUGAUGAGACGUUUCCAUUCCGAGA